GGCAGGCCCGCCGCAGGCCCAGCGCGCCACCAUGGUGCGACAGCGCCCGCGGGCGCGGGGACCGCCGCAGCAGCAGAAGCGGCCGAGGAGAAACGGUGGCUGAAGCCCGGGUCUCCGGGUAGUGGGCCCGCGAUCCCCCUCCGUACCCGAGCCCUGAUCCUCCUCCCUGCCUUCCCGGGGCGCGGCGGCGACCCCGCGGGACGAUGCGUGCCCGCGGCCGCCCCGGAGGCUGAGCCCGCCGCCCCGCACUCCGCCCGCGCCCUCACGGCCGUCUCCGAUGGCCUUGCCCGGCGCGGAGGGCGCGGCCGACAGGCCGGUAUCCCCGGCCCGGGGCGCCCCCGCCGGCUCCGCGUCGUCGUCGUCCGCCUCCUCCGGCGGCUCGGCCUCGGCGGACGCGGGGCUGUGGGCCGCGCUCUACGACUACGAGGCGCGCGGCGAGGACGAGCUGAGCCUGCGGCGCGGCCAACUGGUGGAGGUACUGUCCCAGGACGCCGCCGUGUCGGGCGACGAGGGCUGGUGGGCCGGCCAGGUGCAGCGGCGCCUGGGCAUCUUCCCCGCCAACUACGUGGCGCCGUGCCGCCCGGCCGCUGUCCCCGCGCCACCGCCCGCUCGCUCGCCGCCGCCGCGGCCCGGCUCGCCCGUGCACGUCGACUUCGAGCGGCUGGAGCUCAAGGAGCUCAUCGGCGCCGGCGGCUUCGGGCAGGUGUACCGCGCCACCUGGCAGGGCCAGGAGGUGGCGGUGAAGGCGGCGCGCCGGGACCCGGAGCAGGACGCGGCGGCGGCGGCCGAGAGCGUGCGGCGGGAGGCGCGGCUCUUCGCCAUGCUGCAGCACCCCAACAUCAUCGAGCUGCGCGGCGUGUGCCUGCGGCAGCCGCACCUCUGCCUGGUGCUCGAGUUCGCCCGCGGCGGAGCGCUCAACCGCGCGCUGGCCGCUGCCAACGCCGCCCCGGAUCCGCGCGCCCCCGGCCAGCGCCGCGCGCGCCGCAUCCCCCCGCACGUGCUGGUCAACUGGGCGGUGCAGAUCGCGCGCGGCAUGCUCUACCUGCACGAGGAGGCCGUGGUGCCCAUCCUGCACCGGGACCUCAAAUCCAGCAACAUUUUGCUCCUGGAGAAGAUAGAGCAUGAUGACAUCUGCAAUAAAACACUGAAGAUCACGGACUUUGGGCUGGCGAGAGAGUGGCACAGGACCACGAAGAUGAGCGCGGCCGGCACCUACGCCUGGAUGGCCCCGGAAGUCAUCAAGUCCUCCCUGUUUUCUAAGGGAAGUGACAUCUGGAGCUACGGGGUGCUGCUGUGGGAACUGCUCACGGGCGAAGUCCCCUACCGCGGCAUCGACGGCCUCGCGGUGGCCUACGGCGUCGCGGUCAACAAGCUCACUCUGCCCAUUCCGUCCACCUGUCCCCAGCCCUUCGCCAAGCUCAUGAAAGAAUGCUGGCAACAAGACCCUCAUAUUCGCCCAUCAUUUGCCUUAAUUCUUGAACAACUGACUGCCAUUGAAGGAGCAGUGAUGACGGAACUGCCUCAGGAAUCUUUUCAUUCCAUGCAAGAUGACUGGAAGCUGGAAAUCCAGCAAAUGUUUGAUGAGCUGAGAACAAAGGAAAAGGAGCUGCGGUCCCGCGAGGAGGAGCUGAGCCGCGCAGCCCUGCAGCAGAAGUCGCAGGAGGAGCUGCUCAAGCGGCGGGAGCAGCAGCUGGCGGAGCGCGAGAUCGACGUGCUGGAGCGGGAGCUCAACAUCCUGAUAUUCCAGCUCAACCAGGAGAAGCCCAACGUCAAGAAGAGGAAGGGCAAGUUCAAGAGAAGUCGCUUGAAGCUCAAAGACGGACAUCGGAUCAGUUUACCCUCAGAUUUCCAGCACAAGAUCACCGUGCAGGCCUCUCCCAACCUGGACAAGCGGAGGAGUCUGAACAGCAGCGGCUCCAGCCCACCCAGCAGCCCCACCGUGAUCCCUCGGCUCCGGGCCAUACAGCUGACUUCAGAUGAAAGCAAUAAAACUUGGGGAAGGAACACGGUCUGUCGACAAGAAGAAUUUGAAGAUUUAAAAAGGAAUUUCAAGAAAAAAGGUUGUACCUGGGGACCAAAUUCCAUUCAAAUAAAAGAGAGAACUGACUGCAAAGAAAGAAUAAGACCUCUCUCAGAUGGCAACAGUCCUUGGUCAACUCUCUUAAUAAAGAGUCAGAAAACCAUGCCAUUGGCAUCAUUAUUUGUGGACCAGCCAGGUGCUUGUGAAGACCCGAAACUCUGUGCUGACGGGUCAGAACACAGAAAACCGAAGCAGAUCAAACCACCUGGGCCAGCCUACGUGGACUUACCUCCGGGGAAAGAUGGCCAGAGAGAGGCCCCGCUGGAGGCGGACAGCUGGGAGGAGGCAGCGACCGGGAGCCCAGCCGCCAGCACCCCACAGGUGACCCCCACCAACAGUCUAAGCAGGUCGCCCCCGCGAAGGAGAACGGAGUCCGCUCUGUACGGCUGCACGGUGCUGCUGGCAUCCGUGGCUCUGGGCCUGGACCUCCGAGAGCUGCCCCGGGCCCCGGCCGCCGAGGAGCCGUGGCCCAGGGAGGAAAGGAGGAAGCGCGAGGGCGUCCUCCAGUGGGCCCCCAGGCCCCGCAGCGGGGCCGCGGAUCGCCCCCGGCCGCCAGCCACCAGCGAGGGCCCCGGCGUCCCAGCCUCCCUGCCGCCAGCCCGCGCCCUGGGCCUCCUGUCCAGGCCCUCUCUCUCCACAAAGUGCUUGCUGCACAUGGAGGGCGAGAACUCCUUCGACGGCAGCACACACAUCACGCAUGAGCCCAGCAUGCCCGCGCGAGGUGUCUGCCCUGCCGCUGGAGGGUGUCAUCGUGAGCUGGCCUUCACCCCGAGACGGGAGGCCGAUCGUGGUGCGUGGAGACACCCGUGUCCUCCCUCCUCCGAGCAGACCCGUGGGAACGUGCCUCCUUGUGCUUCUUCAAAGGAAAGAGCGUGUCACCGACGGACAGCGUCUGAUGGAAAUGCCUCUCAGGCCCCAGCUGGUGCCACAGGAGCCCCUGCGCUGCCGGCUGAGCGGGCCUGGGGGCUGCCCCGCUCCGCCUGCCCUCACGUCUGUCCUGGAGAACAGAGAGCUGUCACGACGGGGCCUCUGCCCCCCUGCUCCCUCAGCGGCCCUGCGGCUGACGCCCGGGCCUUCCCAGGGACAACAGCGCCUCGGCCGGCACGGGCCGACCCUGGCCUGGGUGGCGCAGGACCGGCCCCGGACUGUCCCCUCGGUGCCAAGGACAGAACUAGACCCCACGUGCCUUCCUUACUGGACGCGGACGCGGAGGGCCAGAGCCGGGACCGCACGCUGCCUCUCUGCCGGGUGAGGAGCAGGAGCGGCCGGCCCUCUGUCUACGAGCUGGAGAAGGAAUUCCUGUCCUGA